AAGGGUUUCAGUCACCUGCUUUCAUCUUUAUCAAAAUGAACUUCAAGCUCUCUUUAUUUUUCCUCUUAUUGGGAGUAUUUUUGCACCUCAAUGAAGCCCAAACAACAAGCUGCUCCAAUAAUUGUAUUUUUCGUGCAAGAUGCAAUCCUUACUUCAAGGAUCUGGUUUGGUCAGUAGUGGAUCGCGUUUGUCGCGUUUUUCAGAACGGCUGCAUCUUCGGAAAUGAAAAUUGCAUGAGGGCCAAUCGCUGCUUGCCACCCAUGGUGGCCUCUUCAAGGGAGGAGUGUUCGAAGGAGAUAUACUGCCCGAGGAUGUGUUACCGGGGAGCUCCUCCAGUGUGCGCCUGGUUUCCCUACACGUUGAGCAAUGGAACUACAGGUGGUCGGGAUAUGACCUUCGGAAGUCGCUGCUCACUGGAUAGCUUUGCCUGUCGUAACGCUCAAGCUUAUGUAAACGAGCCACGCAUUGGACGCUGCACAUAAAAUAAACAUACGAAACAAAUAUUUAUCAAUAAAUAUUUAAAAAUAAA